UUCCGGUCCCGGCCUAGGCGAGAGCAGCUUCUGGAAGUGCGGAAACGCUGCGUGAGGAUCCCUCAGCGACUCCAGUCCAGUCUCGGCGCGGGGUACCCUGGAGGCUGACCGAAGGCUGGCCGAGGACUCUGCCCACCGCUGGCGCGGGGAGGAGAGCGAGAACCGCCUAAGCCGGGUGUACCUUUCGCGCCCUGCGUUUCCAGCCUGGCCCUCAGCCCGCGGCGCUGAAAAAGGGGCGGGGGAUCGGAGUUGGCGGGGAGAUCAAGGUGAAGUAGGUUUCUCUGCAGAUCCAGCGCCGUUGAACCCUGCGAACGCACACUUUUUGAAACAUGAAGAAAUUAAGGCUUAAGGAACUAGAGAGUCACCUGCAACAAGUGGAUGGAUUCGAAAAGCCCAAGCUCCUUCUAGAACAGUAUCCAACCAGGCCGCACAUUGCAGCAUGUAUGCUGUAUACAAUUCAUAACACAUAUGAUGACAUUGAAAAUAAAGUGGUUGCAGAUCUAGGAUGUGGCUGUGGAGUGCUUAGCAUCGGAACUGCAAUGCUGGGAGCAGGGUUGUGUGUUGGAUUCGACAUAGAUGAAGAUGCGUUGGAAAUAUUUAAUAGGAAUGUAGAAGAGUUUGAGUUAACAAAUGUUGACGUGGUUCAGUGUGAUGUGUGCUCAUUAUCUAACAGAAUGUCCAAGUCAUUUGAUACAGUAAUUAUGAAUCCUCCCUUUGGGACCAAAAAUAAUAAAGGGACAGAUAUGGCCUUUCUGAAGACUGCUUUGGAAAUGGCAAGAACAGCAGUAUAUUCUUUACACAAAUCCUCAACUAGAGAAGUUUGUGGCAACCCUGCAUCAAGCAAGUCUGUCAGCACCAUCUUUCCAAUAGCAUUUGCUCACUUUGUGUCUCUGUGUCAUGUUUUGGUAAUUCUUGCAGUAUGCCCAACUUUUUUAUUAUAUUUGUCAUGGUGAUCUGUGAUCUUUGAUAUUACUAUUAUAAUUGUUUUGGCAUUGUUUAGCAAUAAAGUAUUGCACACUUAAUAGACUACAGUAUAGUGUAAACAGAACGUUUAUAUGCACUGGGAAACAAAAAAAAUCAGGUGACUCACUCUUGUGAUAUUCACUUUAUUGCGGUGGUCUGGAACCAAACCUGUAAUAUCUCCGAGGUAUGCCUGUAUACUGUUAAACAAUUAGUAGUGGUCCCUGCAGGUAAGCAGCAGAACACAACAUGACUUUACUGGUAAAUAAAUCCCCAUUCAGUAAGUGAAAACAAACACCAGGAAUUAUUGGUAUCUAAAAAGCCUGUGUUGAGGAGGUCCCCAAGAUCAUCUUCAGGUUUGAUGAUUCACAAGGAAGUCUCAUAGGACUGAGCAUAUCGUCAUACUCUUGACUGGGAUUUAUUACAGCUAAAGGAUACAGAGCAAAAUUAGCAAAGGGAAAGGUGCAUUGGUCACAGUCCAGGAGAAACCAGGUGCAAGCUUCCGGAGUUCUCUCCCAGUGAAGUCAUACAGGAUGCACUUAAUU